AUUUGACACGGAUGAAUGCUAAAAUAACAUGCAAAACAGGCAAGCCCCCCCCCCCCCUCUAUGUCUAUAUUUUUUUGGGGGAAAAAAUUUGGCAAAAAAUGUGGGACUCAAAGCCCGUCCUGCCCUGAAUGACUGGUUACCACUGGCAUGCAUGCCUGUGGAGCCACCAGCCACACUGCCUUGGUACGGUCAAAAUAAUAUUAUUUAGAAGUUGUCUUGUCAUUGUAAAGGAGUUUCCGUUGACGAAAGGGAAGAGGAUUCUGUAAAGUGGUUUCAAGGCUACGGAUUGUUGUAAAAAGUGCAGAUGAAGGCUUGGCUGCUCAAAAACACAGAAAAGGACCCACAUGUCUGAGUUCACAUUUCAGCUGAAGCUGCCGCACAGUGUCCUCACCCAGUCUUUUCUCUUUGUACCUGUCCCUCUCCAUGAAAUACCCUAAUGAAACAAUAUGCCAAAACAUGUUUUAAAUAAUGCAUUUUAAAGAUGUAUUUUUUCAACUUCUAUUUUCAUGCCUAAUAUCUUUUCAUCUUCCUGAUCCAUCCCUCCAACUCACAGCACACUAGUUAAAUAAAGGUUACAUUUAAUAAAAAAACACCUGCUGAGAGACCCCGGUGUGGUUGCAUUUCUCGCCCAGCAGAAUGCCAAGAUGGUCGCCCUGCUCCCUCCCACAGGCACCGAAGUGUUUCGCCGCUUCACCCUUGAGUCGCUGGCGGAGAUCGAGAGGCGGAUGGCCGAGGAAGCAGAGGAGCAGGAGAGAAAAAAGGCCCUGAACAUUGAGGUGGCAGAGGAGGACCUGCCAAAGCCAGCCGUCGACCUGGAGGCCGGAAAGGCCCUGCCAUUCAUCUACGGAGACCCGCCACCUGAGCUGUUCAACACGCCUCUGGAGGAACUGGAUCCUUUCUACAAAUCACACAAAACCUUUAUCGUCAUCACCAAAGGGAAUACAAUCUUCAGGUUCAACGCUGAGCCUGCCUGCUAUAUUCUAACACCCUUCAGUAUUCUCAGGAGAGGAUCCAUCAAAAUUCUCAUACAUUCAUUAUUUAGCAUGUUCAUCAUGUUAACAAUCAUGUCCAACUGUGUGUUCAUGACGAUGAGUGACCCUCCGGCAUGGAGUAAAACUGUUGAAUAUGUUUUCACUGGUAUCUAUACCUUUGAGGCAACAAUUAAAGUGUUGUCCAGAGGCUUCUGUGUUGGAGAUUUCACAUUCCUUCGAGAUCCAUGGAACUGGCUGGAUUUUAUGGUGAUCAGCAUGGCGUACCUCACAGAGUUUGUUGACCUGGGCAACGUGUCUGCCCUCAGGACGUUCCGUGUGCUCCGAGCUCUUAAAACAAUCACUGUAAUUCCCGGUCUGAAAACCAUUGUGGGCGCUUUGAUCCAGUCAGUGAAGAAGCUGGCUGAUGUGAUGAUCCUAACAGUGUUCUGCCUGGCUGUGUUCGCUCUGGUCGGCCUUCAACUGUUCAUGGGAAACCUGAAGCAGAAGUGUGUUUACUGGCCCCCUGUGGAAUGGCGUUUAAACUCUACCAACAUGGACAACAUCACUAUGGCCUUCAACGACACCAGUGGUUUAAAUGACGUUAUGGACUACAAUGGCACAAACAGCAGCAACAGUACGUGGGACUUCAAGGCAUACAUCGACGAUAAAGUGAACCAUUACUUCCUUCCUGGAAUGUUAGACCCUCUUCUUUGUGGGAACGCUUCUGAUGCUGGAAAUUGCCCUGAAGGAUACACGUGUAUGAAGGCCGGAGGGAAUCCCAACUAUGGAUACACAAGCUACGACAGUUUUGGAUGGGCCUACCUUGCCCUAUUUCGGCUCAUGACACAGGACUUCUGGGAAAAUCUAUUCCAGCUGACUCUUCGCUCAGCAGGGAAAACCUAUAUGAUUUUCUUUGUGGUGGUGAUCUUCCUGGGCUCGUUCUACCUGAUCAACCUGAUCCUGGCUGUGGUGGCCAUGGCGUAUGCCGAGCAGAACGAGGCCACCAUGGCCGAGGCCAAGGAGAAGGAGGAGGAGUAUGCCAUGAUCAUGGUGCAGCUGAAGGAAAGGAGAGAAGCAGAGGUCAAAGAGAGACAUGACAGGCAUCAUGAACACCAUGAACACGCUGAAAUUGCUGGCAGUCAGUCGUCACUGUCCGGUAGAACAUCUAAGAAAGAGAAAGUUGAAAAGACAGAUGAAGAGGUUGCUGAUGAUGAGGCGUGUACGUCCUCCAGCCUUUAUAGCGAGGCUAUAAAGGACUCCAAUGGAGGCCUCAUGAUCAGUGCCAAUGCCAACAAGGUCCUGACAGACCAGGAGUCUGCUGUUGUGUUGAAGAGGGCCAGUGGACCCAAGGGGAGUAAGGACCAGCUGGAAGUAGUAGGCCUGCAGAAGAAGACACCCAGUUCAUCCAGUGUCUACAGCCAAGAUGACAUGGAUGAUUUGGAGGAGGAACUGAGACCUUGUCCGCCUUGCUGGUACAAGUGUUCAGACAUCUUCCUGAAAUGGAACUGCUGCGUGCCCUGGGUGACUUUCAAGAAGUGGAUGUACUUCAUAGUGAUGGACCCAUUCGUGGACUUGGGUAUCACCAUCUGCAUUGUACUCAACACCAUGUUCAUGGCCAUGGAGCACUACCCCAUGACGCCAGAGUUUGAAGAAGUGCUGAGUGUGGGGAACUUGGUCUUCACAGGAAUCUUCACAGCAGAGAUGGUGCUGAAGCUCAUCGCCAUGGAUCCGUACUACUACUUCCAGGUCGGGUGGAACAUCUUUGACAGCAUCAUUGUGACAAUGAGCCUGGUGGAGCUGGGGCUGGCCAACGUCGAAGGUCUAUCCGUGCUACGUUCCUUCCGUCUGAUGCGUGUUUUCAAGCUGGCCAAAUCCUGGCCCACACUCAACAUGCUAAUCAAGAUCAUUGGUAAUUCAGUGGGCGCACUGGGUAACCUCACCCUGGUUCUGGCCAUCAUCGUCUUCAUCUUCGCCGUGGUGGGCAUGCAGCUCUUCGGCAAGAGCUACAAAGAGUGUGUCUGCAAGAUCUCCUUGGACUGCGAGCUGCCCCGCUGGCACAUGCAUGACUUCUUUCACGCUUUUCUCAUCAUCUUCCGGGUGCUGUGCGGAGAGUGGAUCGAGACCAUGUGGGAGUGCAUGGAGGUGGCCGGACAGGGCAUGUGUCUCGUUGUCUUCAUGAUGGUUAUGGUCAUCGGUAACCUAGUGGUGUUGAACCUCUUCUUGGCCUUGCUGCUGAGCUCGUUCAGCGGUGACAACCUGGCGGCUCCAGAGGAGGACGGGGAGAUGAACAACCUGCAGAUCGCCACCGGCAGGAUCACCAAAGGCAUCGACUGGGCCAAGGCCUACGUCAUCCAGCAGUUUUGCAUUAUCAUAGGGAAGCAGCCUAAGGAGGAUGGAGAUGGGGCUGACGGUAAUGGGGGUAGUAAUGGGGAUGUGGACGGCCUCCCAAAGGGCAGCUUGGCUUUGAAAAAUAUAAUCUCCAGUGACAACCCAAAGGCUGAUUUGGAGCUCACAAUGCUUGACGUUUGGAUAGAUGAUGUUAACCCAAGUGGAUUUCUUACAAAUGACAAUUUGACCCUGGAUGUACCUAUUGCCAAAAUGGAGUCGGAUGAUGAUGAGGAUGACAUCUCUGAAGAGGAAGAAGGAGAAGGUGCAAAUGGAGAUGCUAAAGAGGAUACUGAGUUAAAGAAACCUAUUGCACCGGACAAUGCCUCUUCAAUAUGCAGCACAGUGGACAAUCCCCCUGAAGUGGAAGAAGAGGAGGAAGAAGAGGCAGACACCACCAACCCUGAGAACUGCUGGACCGAGAAAUGCAUUGGACGAUGCCCGUGCCUUGAUUUUGACAUCACCGCGGGCAAAGGAAAGACUUGGUGGAACUUCAGGAAGACAUGCUUCCUCAUUGUGGAGCACAACUACUUUGAGACCUUCAUCAUCUUCAUGAUCCUGAUGAGCAGCGGCGCUUUGGCCUUUGAAGACAUAUACAUUGAGCAGCGCAGGACCAUAAAAAUCAUCCUGGAAUAUGCUGAUCAAGUCUUCACCUACGUGUUCAUUAUUGAGAUGCUCCUGAAGUGGGUGGCUUACGGAUUCCAGGCCUACUUCACAAACGCAUGGUGCUGGCUGGACUUCCUCAUUGUGGAUGUGUCUUUGAUUAGCUUAACGGCUAACAUCCUGGGCUAUGCUGAACUUGGACCAAUCAAAUCUCUUCGAACUUUAAGGGCCUUGCGGCCCCUCCGCGCCCUGUCCAGAUUUGAGGGAAUGAGGGUGGUGGUGAAUGCUCUGGUAGGGGCUAUUCCUUCCAUCUUCAACGUGCUUCUAGUGUGCCUCAUCUUCUGGCUCAUCUUCAGCAUCAUGGGUGUAAACCUGUUUGCUGGGAAGUACUACUACUGCUUCAACACCACGUCUGAGGAGAGGUUCUCUGCUGACGUUGUGAAUAACAAGACCGAAUGCUAUCAACUAAUGGAGGGUAAUGAUGACGUGCGCUGGAUGAAUGCAAAGGUCAACUAUGACAACGUGGGCAUGGGCUACCUCUCCCUCCUGCAAAUAGCAACGUUUAAAGGAUGGAUGGAUAUAAUGUAUGGCGCUGUGGAUUCACGUUUUGUGGAAGACCAGCCCAUAUAUGAGGAUAAUGUUUACAUGUACAUCUACUUUGUCAUAUUCAUCAUCUUUGGGUCCUUCUUCACCCUGAAUCUCUUCAUUGGUGUCAUUAUCGACAACUUCAACCAACAAAAAAAAAAGUUUGGAGGGAAAGACAUUUUCAUGACAGAGGAACAGAAGAAAUACUACAAUGCCAUGAAAAAGCUUGGUUCCAAGAAGCCACAGAAACCCAUUCCUAGACCCGAGAACAAAUUUGCAGGCCUUAUUUUCGACCUAAUCACCCAACAAUUCUUCGACAUCUUCAUCAUGGUGCUGAUCUGCCUCAACAUGGUAACGAUGAUGGUGGAGACGGACGGCCAGAGCAAGGAGAAGGAGGAUAUACUCUUCCUCAUCAACCUGGUGUUUAUCAUCGUCUUCACCACAGAGUGUAUCCUCAAGUUGAUCGGACUGCGACAAUAUUUUUUUUCCGUCGGAUGGAAUAUUUUUGAUUUUGUCGUCGUCAUUCUCUCCAUCGUUGGUUUACUGCUGGCGGACCUCAUAGAGAAGUAUUUUGUCUCACCUACCCUUUUCCGUGUCAUAAGACUGGCCAGGAUUGGUCGAGUUCUGAGACUCAUCCGAGGAGCUAAAGGCAUCCGGACACUGUUGUUUGCCCUGAUGAUGUCACUUCCUGCUCUCUUCAACAUUGGGCUCCUGCUCUUCCUUAUCAUGUUUAUCUUCUCCAUUUUCGGAAUGUCCAACUUUGCGUAUGUCAAGAAGGAGGCCGGGAUAGACGAUAUGUUCAAUUUUGAAACUUUUGGAAACAGUAUAAUUUGUCUGUUCAUGAUCACAACCUCAGCCGGUUGGGAUAGUCUCCUCUCACCCAUUCUAAAUAGUAGAGCUCCGGACUGUGACCCGGACGUGGAAAAUCCCGGCACAGAUGUAAGAGGCAACUGCGGCAGCCCUGGUUUGGGAAUUUGUUUUUUCUGCAGCUACAUCAUCAUGUGUUUCCUUGUUGUGGUCAACAUGUACAUUGCCAUUAUCCUCGAGAACUUCAAUGUGGCCACAGAGGAGAGUGGCGACCCUCUGUGUGAGGAAGACUUCGAGAUGUUCUACGAGACCUGGGAGAAGUUCGACCCUGACGCGUCACAAUUCAUCGCCUACGACAUUUUGUCGGAGUUCUGUGACACGCUUAAAGACCCGCUCAGAAUCCCCAAACCCAACGCAAUCAAGCUGAUCACCAUGGACCUUCCCAUUGUCCCUGGGGAUAAGAUCCACUGUCUGGACAUCCUGCUGGCGCUGACCACAGAGGUGCUGGGAGAGUCAGCGGAGAUGGAUGCCAUGAAAGAAAGCAUGGAGGAGAAGUUCAUGGCCAACAACCCCUCUAAAGUGUCAUACGAGCCAAUCACCACCACCCUGAGGCGAAAGCGGGAGGAGGUAGCAGCUGUUGUUAUUCAGAGAGCCUAUCGUAAGCAUCUGCUGAGACGUUCAUUGAAACUCGCUUCCUACAAGUACCGCGAGAAGAAAGCGUUAACCAAGGAGGACGAAGCGCCGCCAGAGACGGAGGGAAUGAUUGCCAUCAGGAUGAACAAACUGUAUGGAAGCCAACAAUCACUCGGAGUGGAUGAAACAGUUGUAGAUAUGGAUUCUCAUGAAAAGCGGGAGAGCAAAGAACUGACAGAGACACAACCUCCUGUGGAGACUACUGAAGAGCCGCUGCCUGUGGAGCUUCAGAACGAGAUCAUCUUGCACUCUGCCCCCUUUGUCAUCCCGGCCUCAAUCCGUAUCUCACAGCUGAAAGAGUCCGAUGUUUGAAAGGCUAGUGCAACCAAUGGAUAAACACUGAAUCAUCAUGGUACUUCUGUCUUUGACGAUGAGACUGCUUGUUCAUCUCCAAUGUCCAACUUUGGUAUGAUUGGCUUGGGUCAGAGACAGGGUUCUCGCUAACUUAGACUCUGAGGGACACAUAGAGCCCAGCCCACUUAAUCAAAGAGAUGAUGAUAGAACGAAUAUAGCAGUCAAUUUAAUUGAUGUUGAUGAUGAUAACCUGGAAUGUAAUUGACUGAGAAAUCAUAGCUAUUGUUGGCAAGACAAUCACCAAAGCCCGAGCUGAAAGUUUUGGGCUCAUUUAUGGAUGUAAGCCCAGUUGUGGAAGCAGACCCCUUGUAAUAUAUAGUUGAGAUCAAUCGAGAAUGAAAUAGCCUAAGAGAUAGGUAGCAAUGUGUAAGGUAACAAUAAGUCUAUAAAACUCCGUCUCGCAAAAAUAUAACUUUCAGUCCCCUGAAAGUAAUUUAAUAAAUAUGUUCCUUUUCGUAUUUUUAUGCCUUUUUUAUUCAAGAUGUAUUCUUCCAAUCAAAUCUGCACUUUGCAGUGUUCAAUUGCAACAAAAAAGGCGAACAAUGUUCUCAGCUGUAUCUUCAAAGUUGAAAUAUGACUCCAAAAACAGGAUUCUCAAAAUGUAUUGUAGUUUUUUCAUAUGAAAUUAUGACUUUUGGUACCUCUGUCAUUUUAACCAAAACUUUUAUUUCUGCCCUAUCAUUUCCCAAAUACCUGUAUAAGAAUGUCAAAUAAAAAUGUUCAAUAUAUUUUUCAGUGAAUACAAUUGUAUUUUGAAAAGUUAUUAUUUGUUUGGUUUGACGUAUUUGGCCAACACUUUUGUCUGUUAAUUUUAAGGUAUUAAAGCAAAUACUCACACUGGGAUGUACAGUAUAUACAAAGGAUUUUACGGAUUUCUUAAUUUUCUGUAUAUUUCCUUUGAUUUGAUUUUUAAGGUAAUUUACUUUAUUUUUUCUCAUUGUAAGUAACACAAGUAACCUAACACAAGUACUACUAACAGUGUUCGGUUUUUAAUCUGCAAUUAUUUAUGGUAUUAAGCAGUAUGAUGAUAGAAAAUAAUAAUUACAUAUAUUCACAAUAGGUGCACAUGCUGAAAAUGUACUGGUCUGUUUAUUGGAACAUGGGGCUUUGUAACACCAUAGUUGUUGUUUUGAUUUUCACAAGGGGCACAUACUAAAUGUAAAAUGUAAUAUGUGUUAACUGUGUCGCUCCGGAUAAAAGCUUCAGCUAAAAUGACCAUACAAGUCUUAACACAGAAAUGUCUUAAUCAUGGGAAUGCAGUAGGACAGCACUUGCAACAUCAUUUGUACUAUAGAAUGAAGCCUUGUUAGGAAUGCAGUUUAUUCAUUAAAAAGUGUCAUGUUAACUACUUUUUAAUGAUACUUUAAUAUCAAUCUCACAUAAAUGUGUGUACAAUAUCUUACACAAUCUCUGUUUGGAGAGGCACAUUUGACUAUUUAUACUAAUACACUCCGAUUAGCGCAAUCAAGCACACUGCGAUUUCUUUGGAGACUUGUAUGAGAAACACAUGGAUUAAUUACACAUGCAUGGAACCAGCUUGAGUUAGUACUACAAUUCCUAACUGCACCAUCAAAUGUGUGUCCGUUUUGCGUUUUGAAAACAGCGUGUGGAGGACAAUUUAGAUCACAUGUUCUAUUUAUUUCAGUGAUCCAAUCAUUCUAACCAAUUAGCACUUCAUUACAAGGGGGUCUUGAGUUUGAAUUAAGGACACAUACUAAGUUAGCAACUGCUUAACAUUUUGUACAAGCUCUUCCAUGUUUGUUAAACCAAGUGUGCCUAUAUGUCAGUGCUACCUACAACAGCAGUUCAUCCACAGGUGAGAGGGGUUUUCCUCUAAAUCAGGUUCUAUGCACCGUGUGAACAUUCAAGCAGAGGACCUUGGAAUUGUGAAAUGUAAAUGACAUAUAUAUCAUGCAGCAUUGUUUACAAAAACUAAUACUGUGUGAAAGAAAUAGAGAAGGAUGUCAUAUUGUAUUUUUUUCUUCCUGAGGCUGAAUGCAAUAUGCUGUCAGCGUUGCCUGUAAAUAUUGUAUGUUCAAUGCUCAAUUGUGGAGUUUUUUUGUAGAUUGUAUUAUCGACAUAAAGAGCAUUUAAUUCAUGUAAUGAUAAACUAUAAAUGCAAAUACACAGCGGGACAUAUUGUGCUUUAAAGCUUUACUUUCUAACAAUUCUAAUACAUUUCAAAUAAAAAAUGAAAUAUGGGUU